CCAAUGGGAACGUGGAGGCCAAAGUGGUGUGUUUUUACCGGCGCAGGGACAUCUCCGGCACACUCAUCGCCCUGGCAGACAAACAUGCAAGGGAGCUGGAGGAGGAGAUGGAGAAUCCAGAGAUGGCGGACCUCCCUGAGAAACAGAAACACCAGCUCAGACACAGAGAGCUGUUCCUGUCCCGCCAACUGGAGUCUCUACCUGCCACACACAUCAGGGGGAAGUGCUGUGUGACUCUGCUGAAUGAGACUGAAGCCCUGAAGUCCUACCUGGACAGAGAGGAUGCCUUCUUCUACUCGCUGGUGUAUGACCCUCAGCAGAAGACUCUGCUGGCUGAUAAGGGCGAGAUCCGCGUUGGGAACAAGUACCAGGCCGACAUCACCGACCUCCUGAAAGAAGAUGAGGGCGACGGCAGAGAGCUGGAGAAACUAGAGGAGAAGAUCUGGGACCCAAACAGCUCACUGACAGAGAAACAGAUCGACCAGUUCUUAGUUGUUGCUCGGUCAGUCGGCACAUUUGCCAGAGCGUUGGACUGCAGUAGUUCUGUGCGGCAGCCGAGCCUUCACAUGAGCGCAGCUGCAGCCUCCAGAGACAUCACCUUGUUUCAUGCCAUGGACACACUCCACGCCACGGGCUAUGACAUGACUCGAGCAAUCGCAGCGCUCGUGCCUCAGGGUGGGCCCGUCCUCUGCAGGGAUGAGAUGGAGGAGUGGAGCGCCUCUGAGGCCAACCUGUUCGAGGAGGCACUAGAGAAAUACGGCAAAGAUUUCACCGAUAUCCAACAGGAUUUUUUGCCCUGGAAGUCCCUGACGAGUAUUAUUGAGUAUUACUACAUGUGGAAGACCACAGACAGAUAUGUACAGCAGAAACGAUUAAAAGCAGCUGAGGCAGAAAGCAAGUUGAAGCAGGUCUACAUCCCGAACUAUAACAAGCCAAACCCCAACCAGCUGAGCAACAACGUAAAACCGCCUCUGGUGAACGGAGCAGCGGUCGCAGGGGUCCCAGGACCUCCAGGCUCGGUCCAGACCCCCGGCCUGGGCAGAGCCUGUGAAAGCUGCUACACCAGCAGCUCCUAUCAAUGGUACUCGUGGGGACCUCCCAACAUGCAGUGUCGCCUGUGCGCGUCAUGCUGGACCUACUGGAAAAAGUACGGAGGGCUGAAGAUGCCCACGAGACUGGAGGGAGAGAGGCCCGGACCCGCUCGCAGCAUCAUGAACCCCCAUGGCCUCCCCAUGCGCCACAGCGGCAGCCCCAAGUUUGCGGUGAAGACGCGACAGGCCUUUUUCCUGCAGACCACCACGGUGACGCGGAUGACUCGCCGCCUCUGCCAGGAUAUCAUACGACCGCGGUACCUGGCCAGGCACCCAUACCUCCCCGUCAACACAGCAGCCAUCAAGGCCGAAUGUGCCCUGCGGGUGCCAGAGGGGCCUAAAAAGCCUUCACCACUGAAACCUGUGGAACGUAAACCUCUGGAGUCUGUGGUUCGAUAUUUAGAAGCACACCCCUGUCCAGUCAAGCCCAACCCUCCAAUCCGCGGGGCGUCCAUCUCUACAGGCAGCCUGACGCCCAUAAAAUCCUCCCCCAUCCUCAACAACGGCUCCCCCACCAUCCUGGGCAAACGCUCCUACGAACAGCACAACGGACUGGAUGGCUCUAAAUCUAAAGUCCUGGCUCCUCAGUGGGACAUCAUGGCCAAGCGGAUGAGCGAGGUGGGGCGAUCUUCGGCCUCGCUGCAGGACGAGAUACACGAACUGGACUGAACGCUCAGAGGAACAACCUCUACUGCAAACCUCAGUCAGAGGGGGGGGGGUGAGAUGGAACGUGUUUUCCACUGAAGUCGAGGGCAGCUGAGUGAAGACGAAGCUGAGAGGAGACGACAACAUGGGCCACAUUUCUUCAGCCAGUACGAGUCUGUGAGGCGACUGACGAGCGAUCCAUCGAUAAUCGAUCAGUGUGGCUGUGGUCAAUCAGAGGACUGACUGUACAGGACUGUGUUUAUUACUCACAUUUCUUGUUAUUACUGUCAUUGUAAUUAUUGUUAUUGUUAUUAUAAGUUUUUUUUUUUACCAACUAUAACUCAGCUUAUUGUUUGUCGAUCAAACGAAGGAACUUUUAAAGUUUCAUAAAAAAUGCUUGCUAACCCCUGUGGAAACGGGUGGAAGGACUGUAACAUAAGCCACUUGCAUCUUCUCUAUGUCUGUUUUCUUGUUUUCUUCUUUUUUCUUUAACAAUUUCAAUUCAACGAGGAGACGCACUUUGAUUUCAGUGACACACGUUAACUCCUCGUCUUUUGGUUUCGAUGAAUUCGAAUUCGCUUUACGGGAAAUCUUAGGUUUUGUGAGCCGGCCCUGAUCUUCGGCCAGAGAGGUUUAACUUAUUGAGAAAGACUUGCUGUUUUUUCUACCUUUUUCACAAGUAAUGCAUCUAUGCUUCAAUAAUGUAAUUAAAAAAGACAAUUGAUUUUC